UCGGCGCGAAAUACGGCUGGUGUUUUUGUUUGAUGCCGGAACACACCGGAGAAAUUUAUUUUGCAGUUAAAUUGUAUCAAAAUUUCGCUUAAAAUGCCGGAAGAAGUAGCAUCGACGUCCUCUGCUUCCGCUCGGAAGGAUGCCCCUGCUGAGAAUAAGAAGAAAAAUCUGCCAUGGAUCGAAAAAUAUCGACCGCAGCGGUUCGAAGAAAUCGUCGGCAACGAAGAAACCGUAGCGCGACUAGGUAUAUUUGCGUCGCAGGGAAAUGCCCCCAACAUUAUUAUUGCGGGUCCUCCGGGUGUGGGUAAGACAACAACCAUCCUUUGCUUGGCUCGAAUUCUCCUGGGGUCAAACUUUCGCGAAGCAGUCCUAGAAUUGAAUGCUUCCAACGAGCGUGGCAUUGAUGUGGUACGUAACAAGAUAAAGAUGUUUGCCCAGCAAAAGGUUACGCUGCCUCGUGGACGCCACAAGAUUGUAAUCCUCGACGAGGCGGAUAGUAUGACCGAAGGAGCCCAGCAAGCCCUUCGCAGAACGAUGGAAAUCUAUAGCAACACAACUCGAUUCGCUUUGGCGUGUAAUACCAGCGAGAAGAUCAUCGAACCUAUCCAGUCGCGUUGUGCGAUGCUACGCUUUUCAAAACUCUCUGACGCACAGGUUCUUGCAAAAGUGGUUGAAGUGUGCCAGCGAGAAAAUCUCAACUAUGAAGAGGACGGCUUGGAGGCGAUCGUCUUCACUGCACAGGGUGAUAUGCGUCAAGCGCUGAACAAUCUACAAUCCACUGCCAACGGUUUCGGGCACAUCAGUGGUGUGAACGUUUUCAAGGUUUGCGACGAACCCCACCCAUUGCUCGUGCAGGAUAUGCUUCAAUAUUGCAUCAAAGGGGACAUUCACAAGGCGUACAAGAUUAUGAACAAACUGUGGAGGCUGGGAUACGCAGCGGAAGAUAUCAUAGGGAACAUAUUCCGCGUCUGCCGCCGAAUGGACAUGAAUGAAAAGCUGAAGCUAUAUUUUAUACGCGAGAUCGGCGAAACUCAUAUGAAAAUUGUCGAUGGGCUCAAUUCGCUGUUGCAAAUGUCCGGACUGUUGGCUCGCAUGUGCGAAGCAUCAUAUGAACAUGCAUAAUUUAAUUUGUUCUUUUCAUGGAAAAUAAACUAAAAUAUUUUUAAAA